AUGGACUCCAAGAAGCAACUCAACACGCAGCUGGUCGAAGCCGCCGAGAAGAGCGAUUUGGCCAGCGUCGAAGCUGCUCUCGCCGCUGGAGCCGAUGUGAAUGCCAAGGAAGACAUUGAGGGCUACACCGCUCUUCACCAUGCCGCCAGCAAGAACGACAUCGGCCUCGCGCAGUUUUUGGUCAAGAACAACGCCAACGUCGAGGCGCAAUCAAACACCGGUCGCCACGCAAUUCACCUGGCAGUGAGGGACGGAGCCGAAGACGUCAUCAAGUUCCUGAUUGAGGAGGCCCACGCCAACGUGUUGGCCCAGACGGACCUCAACGAGAACCUGCUCCACAAGGCCGCCUUCUCGGGCAAGGCCAACAUUCUCGAGUACCUCAUCCAGAAGGGCUGCACGGGCGCCAACGACGCCGACGGGCUCGGCAACACCCCGCUGGCCGUGGCCGCACAGGAGGGCCACAUUGAGUGCAUCGAGCUGCUGCUGAAGCACGGAGCUUCCCCCGGCGGCAAGGCGGAGGACAACCAGACGCCCCUCCACAUCUCUGCGCUGUGGGGCCACACCGACGCCAUCAACCUGCUGCUCGCCGCCAAGGCCGACCCCAACGCUCAGAACGCCAGAGGCAACACUCCUCUCCACGAGGCGGCCAAGAAGAACCACCUCGGCCCGGUGAAGGCGCUGGUCGCCGGCGGCGCCGAUCCCGACAUCAAGAACAGCGAGGGCCAGACGCCCGCCGACCUCGCCUCGAAAAGCUUGAUCAAGAAGCAGCUGGUCAAGAAGUAA